AUGGGCAUGUUCGUGUUGUACUCCUUCCAGGAGGAUGCCUUCUGGCGCAUUGUCCCAGGAACCAAGCGCGCCAGGGAGCUCGACGAGGCUUGGAGGGAGCAUCCCCUCUUCGCCAAUUCCAAGGAUCCCCUUGAUGGCCUCAUCAACCCUGAUGACUACGAGAAGGGCUUGGAGGAGGCUUGGGAGCGUGCCAAGCCUGCCGGCAGCACAGUGGUUGUUAUCUUGCCGCCGCUGACACCAGCUUUUAUCAAGGACGAUGUGCUGCGGAUGCUGGUGGAGCACAUGGGAUUUGCCCAGGCUGCGGCAAUCGAGUCAGGGUCGGUGGCGCUGCAAAGUCCAGGCCUCGUUGCGCUGCUACAGCAGAAUCCCUCGCCGUGUUGCACCGUCUUGAAUCUGGGCUUUUCCAGCUGCUUCGCCCAGCCUUCGAUUGAAGGAUUGGCAAUCGAAUCGGCUGGGCGCCGACUGAAUGUCGGAGGACGAGUCCUGACGAAUCUGCUGCUGGAGCGACUGAAGCUCCAACACUUCAACCUCUCGGAGUCCUGGCUGCUUGUGGAAGACAUCUUGAAAAGGACGGGCGAGGUGCUGCGGAACCUUGGUGCAGCUCUGACAAAGAACUUUUCUGGUGUGGCCCCGCUGACCUACGUCCUUCCGGAUUUUGAGGAAGACAUGGCAGGAUAUGUCCAAGAAGAGCCUUCUGCUUGUCCGCAGGAUGCCAACUCGGGGCGGCAGCACGUGACCUUGACGGCUGAACGGGUGGUAAUUCCCGAGGCCCUUUUCCGGCCCCAGGACCACGGCUUGCCGCUGUGUGGUUUGCCGGAGUUGGUCUAUGCUGCGAUCUUGGCAGUUCCGGAGGAGACUUGGCGACCCCAUUUUGGCCGAGUGGUGCUCUGCGGCGGUCUGGCACGCCUCCCUGGCCUGGCAUCGAGGCUCAGGCUUGACCUUCGCCAGCUUCUCCCAAGCCACUGGCCUGUGGAGGUCAUCGUAGAGGAGGAACCUGAGCUCUCCUUCUGGCGAGGUGCAGCGCAGCAUGCGUUGAACUCUGACGAGUUGUGGGAUGAGGCGCGGCAGCGCGCUGCGCCUGACUCAGGAACCGGCCGGCGGCCGCCUUCCGAUGGGGACACUGCGACGUUUCCCGCACAGCUCCGGAAAGACUUGUCCAUUCCGCCACCGUUGGACGGCAGAUCGCAUGCUGCGGCGGGUCCUGGUGAGGACAUACCAGACAUGUCCUCGCCUCACCUACACAUGACAGGGGAAAGAUCAGAUUUUUCACCAGGCGGCUCAGCAAUAUCGCUCUCCCCGAACGGGAAAGGGCGAGGUAAGGGCAAGGCCAAGUCUGGACCCUCGGGGCGAAGGGUUACCACGGCCACAAUUAUUCCCAUGACCGUGAACUGCGUGCCGGUGGCGGUGCCGGCCUCUUUCACUCAGCCAGAUUCCGGUGCACCGAUACACCAAGCAGAAGAACAUGAAACGAUGGUGGGCAGCCCGGAGGUGAGCAAUGCUACACAACUUAUCCAGAAAGAGCACUUUCACGCAUCCUUGGAAGUGCAUGACGACAAAGACUCUGCCGUUGACGCGGCACCUGCUGUAGCAUCUGCAAACGAAUUGAUGCCUCCAGCAUUGUCGCAGCAGCCUUCGGAUGCGUCUCCUGCAUCCAGUAGCCCUGCAAGUGGCUUGGCAGAGUUCUACCCAGACCUGCCUGAAGAGUUGCAAGCCGACCUCCGUGAAGAGGGCUUCUCGACGUGGACGCCCACCCGGAAGAGGCUGAAGCGCAAAGCACCCGCUUCAGAUUAUGUGCAGCUGCGCAAAGGAACUGGAUAA